GUAUACAACAAAGUAGAAUGAAUAAGUGAGUACAAGCUGAGAAGUGGGAGUUUGUUUUAAUGGGAUGAUGAGACAUCUAAUUUAAUGAGGGCCAAGGAUGCUUCUAUGGUAGAAACGGGAAUUAAAGUUUAUGGAGAGACAAAUGGGACGAAAUUAAAGAGAAGUCUGGAACUAGAAAGAGCAGUUCAGUUUUUCUGUUACAGCUUUGGUGUUAGUUAAGUGUCUUAAAGUUGCUAGAAAGGGCUAUCAAAUCUCAACGAAACCAACACGAUGCUCCAUUUGACCUUAGGUUAGGCGAUAUGGUAAAGACCAAAUUGAGACAAAUUCCACAACAAACUACCUAAAAUUCACUUCCAUUUUGUCGAGUUUAUUCAAGGGUGACUUUGUUUUGCUCAUACUUUGAUUGCUAGACCUACCAAAUGAGGUUAGUGUAGCAGGAUCAGUUUCUCCCAAAGCAAUACUGCAGAAAGAAUUGCCCAAAUCCACUUUAUUUAGGAAAGGCCAGUUGGGCCUAGCAGGCAUUUUGAAUUUUAUGGAUUUCUGUCCAUUACAGAGCCACUGCAAGAAGGUCUUAUAGAUCGUAGGAAAGAAUUUUGAGAUCCCAGUGACUUCCCAUUUCUCUCAUAUAAAAUCCCACUUCUUCCCAUUGGCUUAAAAGCUCUUGGUGAUGUCUUCCCAUCGCGAUCCCUCACGCUCUCUCUCUCCCUUUUUCACUCUCAUUCUACCUCAAAAGCAAAUUAUCACAGUGCAGUUUCCAGGGCUGACCAAGGCUGCUUUGCGUCCCCAGGGGCAUUUGCUACUGAUGACACCAUCAUGCAUUUGGGAAAGGGGGCUGUUCUCUUGCUAAUUCUGCCUCCCAACCUCUUUUCUUAAUUCCUAAGAAAUAACAGAGGUCAGGCUUUGACUUUUCUUCAGAUGUAACUGAGGACUGGGAUUCCUUUGGGAAAGGAAGUUCAAUGCAGGAAAGGGAAAGAUAACUGCCACUAGUAGAGGCUAUUUUGAGAGCCUGUAGGCUCCAGGCCUGUUUCAGAAUCCAUUAAAGGGCUUCUUGUUGGCUUAACUCCUGGCCUGCUGCCAUUGGUGAGGCCAGUUUACUCUGAAGUGAGACUUCUGAACGUUUAUUUUUCUCAAAGUUCAGCUCAACUGCUGAACGUUUUGGAGAAAGGUAAAAGUUAAUUGCAGUCUAUGUCCCUGCUUCGAGAAGUUAAUCAACUCCUUUGUGCCUCAGUUUCCUCUUUUGUAAAAUGUGAAGAAUUAUAGGAACAGCUACCAUCUAGGAGUAUUGUGAAUAUUAAAUGAGUUAAUCUAUGUAAAGCAUAUAGAGCAAUGUCAGGCUGUUCUCAUAACCUCUGGAUACGUAUGACCUAUUAGUUACUAUGUCACAACCAUUGAACUUAAUGCUACAUUUCCAUUGCCUUAUGCUUCUGGGUCUUUUAGUAUAGGUGAAAAAUUUACAUUUUUCCUCUAAUAAAUUUUGUUUUUUGGCUUGAGAUUGUUUUUCUAACCUGGUGGGAGUUUUUUGACUAGACCCAAUCAUCCAACGUAUUGAUUAUUAUCUUGAAUUUACUAUAGCACACUACCAGAGUUCUCUCUCAUUGUGAAUGAUUUUUAUUUAUUUAACAAACUGAUUAAGGGCCCUAUUAUGUGAUGUGUUCCUGAAUGCAUGUGAGUAUGUGUGUGCACACAGGAGUGGUUAAGGCAGGGAUAUAACCUCCUCAUCUCAAACAUGCAUACAGUUUUUAAUCACUGUAAAAUAAGCUAAAUUUUAAAUAAGAGUCUGAGAUGAGGUCAGGUAAAUGAGAUGUUGGCUGUGGGCAGAGUCUGCAAUAAUUAUGCCAUAAAGAUCUAGUAUGGAACACUGAUGCAUGGUUUUUAUUAGAGAAACUUCUCUUGCAAAAAUGCAUGCCACGAAAGAAAGGGUUUUUUUAAAUCUUAUCCCUUAACAUUUAAAAAUAUUUAAAUAUAUCACACCUUAAGGGCAUGCACAGAGUGAGGUCAGUUUUGUUUAACAAAACCAGGGCAGCCUGUGAGGCUUGAAAAGAAAAUCAAAUAUAGGACAAAUCAUAAGAAGCCCUAUUUUUUGAAGGGAGUAGUAAACCAAGAAGUGAUCCAGACAAAAAAACAUCAGGUAGGUUUAAGACUAUUUCAAAUUUAUUUGUAGUAAGGGAUUUCCUUGGAGAAUGAGAGCUUCGUGGAUAAGGAGAUAACCAUCAAAUACAUUUGGGGGAGUUGAUAGAUCUUAAGCUUUGUAGAGAAGUGAGAGCACAGAAUGAUAGGGGGAAGUACAAGUGAUACCCUGUGGAAGAGAAGGAAGUGCUUUUGGUAGCCAAGGGGCCUACACGCCCAGGAAGAACAUGAACCUGCCCUGCCCUACACUGCCCUACGCAGGAAGUUUCAGGACAGGUCUGAGCAGAAAAUGUACUGCAUUGUGACUUUGACAUCAAAGAUGGCAGUGGUCCUGAGUGCAGAGGAACAUUUCCUCUCAUAAUUCAUGAUGAAUGUGAUGUGUUCUAGGCUGUUUGACAAAUCAUUUCAUGUUUUCUUUUCUGCAGGAUAAAGGAUUUGCAACACUGGAACAUAUGAUUUCUCACUGCAUUUGUCUCUGGAAUCUUAAGGUUCUGUCGGGGGUGAUAGCGAUUUCUAAUUCUCCUAAACAUCAUGUUGCCGCUUAAUCAGAAUCCAAAUUGGACUGAUUAAGGGUCUGAGGCAGUUUGUCAACUCCUGCAUACUUAUGCUGAUAAGGAAGUUGGCUAAGACUGUGUUACACGUAAAGAAAAGAGGCUGCAAGGCACCACCGUUCAUGCAUUCAACCAACACUUAGGCCUGCCUCCUGUAUUUCAGGCACUGCACCAGGCCCUGGGAAUGCAGAACCAGCUGAGACAUGGUCUGCUCAGGGAAGCCUUCUCGGUGGAGGACAAAACAACAAGAAAAGUGCCAUUGGAGGCUCGUCCUAGGGCAUGUGGCAAUAUAGAGGCAGGACGGCUACAUCAGCCCUGCCCUGUCCUUAGGUAGAACGGGGAGUAAGGAUCAGAGCAGCAUCUCACUUCUAAACCAGACAAGAUUGUAGGAGCUUUCCCCUGACCGGCAAAGGAGUGGCUUUUUAAAACAAGCCAGAUAUCCAUCUUCUAGGGAGACCCUGGCACGUGCUCGUUGCCUCUGCCAAUUUUUUGUGGACGGAAAUCCCUAGGAGGGAAGAGCUGGGAUUUAUUUAAUGGGGAUGUGUUCAAGGCAAGAGCGAAUUCAGAAGGAUAUCGACGUCGUGAUCCAGAAGUCCAGAGCCGAGAAGGACUGCCUGUUUGCAGAUUUCAGAUACUCAGACUCCACCUUUACUUUCACCUACGUUGGCGGCCCCAAAAGUGUAUCCUAUUCAGUACAUGUAUCUGAAGAUUACCCAGAUAAUACGUAUGUGUCAAGUUCAGAAAAUGAUGAAGACGUAUUAGUUACUACGGAGCCAAUUCCAAUAAUUUUCCACCGGAUAGCAACAGAAUUAAGGAAGACAAAUGACAUUAACUGUUGCUUAUCCAUAAAAUCAAAAUUACAGAAGGAAAAUGGAGAGGAGUCAAGACAAAAUAGUACAGUGGAAGAAGAUUCUGAAGGUGAUAAUGAUUCUGAAGAAUUUUAUUAUGGUGGACAGGUGAACUAUGACGGGGAACUGCACAAGCACCCACAGCUUGAAGCUGAUUUGUCAGCAGUGAGAGAGAUAUAUGGGCCACAUGCAGUUUCUCUCAGGGAAUAUGGAGCCAUUGAUGAUGUAGAUAUUGACCUGCAUAUUGAUGUUAGCUUUCUUGAUGAGGAGAUUGCUGUGGCUUGGGAAGUAAUUCGAACAGAACCUAUAAUUGUCCGACUACACUGUUCACUUACACAGUAUUUAAAUGGUCCAGUGCCCACUGUUGAUGUCUUUCAGAUUUCUACAAAAGAGCGAUUUGGAUUGGGACAUCAGCUAAAAAAAAUCAUGCAGACAUUUGUUACACAGCAGUGGAAACAGAGCAAAGAAAAAUCCAAUUGCCUGCACAGUAAGAAGCUGUCUGACAAGAAGGUGAAGUCCCCCCUGCAUUUAUUUACUACCUUGCGCAGGUCGCCAAGUUAUCCUCCCCCUGGUUGUGGUAAAAGCAAAUCCAAGCUGAAAUCUGAGCAAGAUGGAAUCUCCAAAACACAUAAGCUGCUGCGGAGGACUUGUUCCAGUACUGUCAAGGCUGACGACGUGUGCUCCAGCAAGUCGCACAGGACCUUUGGUCGCUCCCUGUCCAGCGACCCCAGGGCUGAGCAGGCGGUGACGACAAUUAAAUCGCACAAACUCUUGAACCGGCCCUGCCCUGCAGCUGGCAAGCAAGAGGACUGCCUGGCACUGAAGUCGCAUAAACUGUUGACUCGGUCUUGUUCUGGAGAUCCGCGAUGCGAGCACAACGCCAACCUGAAGCCCCACAAACUGUUGAGCAGGUCUUACUCCAGUAAUCUCAGAAUGGAAGAGUUGUACGGACUGAAAAACCACAAAUUGCUCAGCAAGUCUUACUCCAGCGCUCCCAAGUCAUCCAAGACGGAGCUUUUCAAGGAACCUAACGCAGAGGGCAGGAGGCUCUCUCUUACCUCAGGGCUUAUUGGUAUCUUAACACCCUCUUCGUCGUCAUCUUCCCAGCCUGCUCCAAAUGGUGCCAAAUGCAUUCCAAUACGAGAUCGCGGCUUCCUAGUGCAGACAAUUGAGUUUGCUGAGCAGCGGAUCCCUGUAUUGAAUGAAUACUGUGUGGUUUGUGAUGAGCCACACGUGUUUCAAAAUGGCCCCAUGCUUAGGCCCACUGUGUGUGAACGAGAGCUUUGUGUAUUUGCUUUUCAAACCCUGGGAGUAAUGAAUGAAGCUGCUGAUGAGAUAGCAACUGGAGCUCAGGUGGUAGAUCUACUAGUGUCCAUGUGUAGGUCUGCAUUGGAAUCUCCUAGAAAAGUUGUCAUUUUCGAGCCAUAUCCUUCUGUGGUAGAUCCUAACGAUCCUCAGAUGCUGGCCUUCAACCCCAGGAAGAAGAACUAUGAUCGGGUAAUGAAAGCACUGGAUAGCAUAACUUCUAUUAGAGAAAUGACACAAGCACCGUAUCUCGAAAUCAAGAAGCAGAUGGAUAAACAGGACCCCCUUGCUCAUCCCCUGCUGCAAUGGGUUAUUUCAAGUAAUAGGUCACAUAUUGUGAAACUGCCAGUUAACAGGCAACUGAAAUUUAUGCAUACUCCACAUCAGUUCCUUCUUCUCAGCAGUCCACCAGCCAAAGAAUCUAAUUUUAGAGCUGCUAAAAAACUCUUUGGAAGCACCUUUGCAUUUCAUGGCUCACAUAUUGAAAACUGGCACUCUAUUCUGAGGAAUGGUCUGGUCGUUGCUUCUAAUACUAGACUGCAGCUCCACGGUGCAAUGUAUGGAAGUGGAAUCUAUCUUAGUCCAAUGUCAAGCAUAUCUUUUGGUUACUCAGGGAUGAACAAGAAGCAGAAGGUGACAGCCAAAGACGAGCCGGCCUCAAGCAGUAAAAGCAGCAGCACAUCACAGUCACAGAAAAAAGGACAACAAUCCCAAUUCCUGCAAAGCCGUAACCUAAAAUGCAUCGCCUUAUGUGAAGUGAUCACCUCACCUGACCUGCACAAACAUGGAGAGAUAUGGGUCGUCCCCAAUACUGAUCAUGUCUGCACACGAUUCUUCUUUGUCUAUGAGGAUGGCCAAGUCGGAGAUGCAAAUAUUAACACGCAAGAAGGAGGCAUUCACAAAGAGAUCCUUCGAGUAAUUGGUAAUCAAACCGCUACUGGGUAAAGGACCACCAUUUAAUUAACGUGAUUUGAAAGCCUUCCUCGGGUUCAAAGCUGGAUUUUGAACUGAAGAAGAUGAUAAAAUAAUUUAUUGUUAUUAUAAACAAAAGUAACCCUUUGAAUACUGAUUUUUUUCUUAGUAUUUCUAAGUAUCUCAUUAAACAUACCUAAAAUGGUAUACAAUUUAUCAAUUGUAGGGUUAUGGAAUCUAGUAAUAAAAUUACAACAGCACUUAAACUUAAGUUUGGGUUGCUCACACAAUAAACAGAUUGAAAAAACAGUUUUGUGCUGAUAUUUUUAUAUUAAACUCUUUAAUUGGAAAUUUGGUAUUAUAUACCGACAUUUUAGGUUACCAAAAUAGAACUGAGAACAUUUUAUAAUGACGUCUAAAUCUAUACAAUACUUUGCAAUAAGUCUGUUUGCACAUUCCGAUGUGCUAUUUAAUUAGUGGUAUGAACAUUCAAAUGUUUGGGGAGGGGAUGUUUCCUAUUCUCCUGUUACUUUUUUCUUAAACAAAAACAAUUAGGUCUUAGAUGCAGUGCUUUGCCCAAGAGUAUGUAAUGUACAUAUCUAUAGAUUCAUGCAUCAAAAUGUGUGUGAUGGUGCAUAUAUGUGUGUGUAUACACAUAUAUGUGUAUUGACAACAGAGAUGGCAUGGCUCCAUGAUUCCAUUCCCAUUUAAUGAGAAGAAAAUAAUAUUCAGUAAGCAGGAAAUCUGGACAUAAACCAAGAUACGAGUCAAAUUUAUCACCAUUCAUUCACUGAAAAUAUUUACAAACAAUUUUUCUAUUUGUUUAAAUAAUUUUUCCUUCAGUUAAAAUUCAACUCUUUUAUAACGUUCUCUAACAAUUAUAAUUUGGGGAACACAGGUGCCCCAGGUGGACUAAAUCUAUAUUCAAAUGAUUAUAUGUUUAAAAGAAGGGCCUCAGAAUUUAAACAAACAGUAUAUAUUUUUUAUUUACUACAAUGGAACAUUUUUACAAUUUAUUUAUACCACACCAGCAUUUUUAUAUUUUUUCAUCUAAUACCUCUGCUUAUGUUUUUUCGUAUUGAGAAAGAAGACAAACUUUGAAGUUUCUUUUAUAUUAAAAGAACACAAAUAGAUUUAUAGAGAAUAACAGCACCAGCUCUCAGCAUUUUCCUUUCAAGAGUCAUGUGCUCAUCAAAAUCAUUUCUAUUUCUUUGGGUCCUGAAGUUAUUCUUGCUCAUUAUAAGUUUUAAUUGACAGUGUUUUAUUUCCUACGUGAUAUCUUUGGAAUAAGGCCAUUCAUGAGAGCAGUUUAAUUAACAAGUCUGCCACUCUAUUCAGACCCUGAAUCAAGGCUCAUAUCUGAUUCUAAUUUAUUUAGAAAGAAAAAAAAAGUAAAAAUGUAUAGUCAUUUGCAAGUAUAAUGUUAUAACUUCUGUGUUUAUUUCCUUUGGCACACAAGGUGAGCAAAAAGGUCACACGCAUCGCUAAGGGUUGCUACUUAAGUAUUUACCUAUUGUUUGUUUCCUUAUAUUGUAAAUAAUUGAUAAUGCCACUUAUUUCUGCAAAAAUAGACUUGAAGCGGUUGAGAUAUUAAUCAUUGUGAUAGGAUCCACUUAAAACAUUGAUCCAUUCCAACUUGGGCCUCCAAACUCAAAGCCAGACUGAGGCAUAGUAGGGCAUAGAUCUAGCAUGUCACUUAGUACUCUGUGACCAGAUAUUUGAAGACUUUCCAUGGGACAAGCGGACGACUUGCUUCUUUCUGCCAAGACUCCCCAAGUCUCCCAAAUCCCUUUGACUGCGUUUUAAAAACAUUUUUAAGCGUCAAAAUUACUAUUUUCAAAUUAAUUUUGUGGCACGUUCUAUAUAUAAUAUAGUUGUGAAGACGUAAUGGCAGGAUUUGGAAGUUGAGGUCUCGGAACCCCACCUGUGUGGCCACUGGCAGCACUGAGGCAACUCCAAAAACGCCCUGUAGCGCCCCCCACCAAGCAUAGUUUUUGAACCAUGGACCUAAUCCAUUAAGGUUUUACUUAACAGUUGAGUGAUCUAUGAGGAGUGUAGUAUCAGAAUCUGAACUGGAAUAGGUGGCUUGGAGGACUCAGGGGAGAGUAUUUUAGGGAGGAAAAACUGGAAGAAUGCAAACCUCUACCACCAGUUUAAGAAUAGAACUUGGAUGUAAAUUUUUAAAAAAAUGAAAAGAAAACAAUAAAAGUAGAUUCACCUCUUAGAGCAGAGGAAGCAGUUGAUAGUUUUAAUGCCCACUAACUAUUACAGACAAUGGACAUCUGUUAUGAUAAUAAGAUGUCUCCAAAUAGUAACUAAUUGAAUGCUAUUGCAGUGCAAAAUGACAGAUUUUAAGUUUGUUUUGAAAAAUUAAGUGUCAGAAUCUCUGUAAGCAAAUAUUCAAAGUAUGAGAGCCAAUCUUUUAAUUGAACGUUUUUGAUAUUGGGGUUACUAUAGUAUACUGAUACUUACCUUUAUUUUUAAAUAAUCCAAUUUCAGUAUUAGUUAAUUAAUAAUAUUAAUUAAUAUUCAUCAAUAAAUGAAUCAUGCUUCCAAGUAGGUCUCUAAGAUUUAGAAGUUUAAACAUUAUCAUGCCUUGAUUCAGUCACCCCAUUAAGAUAUUACCUAUUGACAUAUUUGAUGAUUCCAAACAUGUGAUAUUGUAUUGUAUUUAUAUAAUAUUUGAAGUCUGUUCACUGAUGCUUUGUAACAGUUGUAUUAAUUGUGUAGUCAUUACUACUUAGCAUUAACCCACUGAGCAAAGGUAAUCAUUUAUUUUCAUUCUUGAAGUAGGGAAAGAAGAACCUUAAUUUAUUAGUUCUGCUUUUUCCUACAUUACUGAUUUUUGUGAACAUUUCACUAUGAGUGAUUUGUCCUUUUCAUUGUCCACUGUAUUGGAAAAAAAAAAGAAAAUGAGUGAACAUUUGAGAAGAGAAAAAAGUAAUAAUAUACUUAAAACCUAGUGCUAUAGAAUACAUUAUGGUGAGGUACCUUGGGUGCCUUAGAUUGCAUUAUGUUGAAAUGAUUUUUAUUUUUAUUUUCUCUUCAGCAAAUCUCAGUCAAAUGUCGGAUUUGAAGGUGGUUUUUAAAUUUAAAAUUUAAAUGAGUGCCACCUCCUUAAACUUAGUAUCAUUAAUGUGGUGUAAGAAACCAACCCAAAAACUAUUGCUAAUGUUCUGAAUAUUUUGCAUUGAAAAAUUUAAGAGUUUAAAAAAGAAAUCUCUCAGUUAUUCUCCACUUUGCUAAAAGAAGGGAAACUUUUAAUAUGCAGUAUAAAUUUUUAAUAUCAUUGAAAGAAUUCCAAAACUACUUUAUACCGUAGUAUCAUAACUUGCCAGAGGGCAUGGUGUCGAAGAAAGUUUUAAGGAAAAAUCAUCAUCUUUGUAAAUGUCUGGAUGCCUUUCAUCAGAUAGUGAUUUAAUAUGUCAUGAAGGGCCACUCAACCUUGGACUGUCUACCACUUAAAUAUGUGGAUUUCAUAGUAGCACUUGAAGCACAUUUAAAAAAUACUAGGAUGUUAUUCGAUUGUUCCGCUGAAUUCUUCAUUCUAACACUACCUCAAGACAAUUGACAGACCGUUUGUUAAGGUAAACUGGGUUUCCAGUAUAAGGAACGCAUAAAAUUUUGCAAAUGGAAGUUAUCAAGUAAUUCAACAGUCAAGAUUGUGCUGGACAUAGAUAUUGUCAGUUACCUCUUGACAGUGCAGUAAUACAGAUAUUUCAGUCACUGGUGAUGAACGACAUAGCUAACUAACACCCAGUGAGUUAUGUGAAGGGGUUUCAAGUUGCAAAAUCUGAAUAUAAGUAGUCCCCUUUAAGAUUGGUUUUCUCCAUGGGCCAAUUUUAUGUCCAUUCACCUAAGCCACAAACAAUUGCCCACUUACAGUUAAAGGAUUAACAUACUCAACUGCUUUGCCAGAGUGGCAGACUGAAUAUUCAAUUAUUUUGGCAUUGAAUGCCUGCUAAAUUUUUGUCAGAUUAAAUAUAAAUUUGAUGUAUAUUAUUGUCCAGUCAAUUUUUCCUGGAGAUUUUGUAUACACUAUGAUAUAUUAGGAUAAGUUUUUGUAGGUUGAAAGAAUUUCAAGUAGUUUUUAGACAAAACAUAUCCAUGAGUGUGAAAAAGCUGUGUUGAAGAAUAGAUUACAUUACACAUUUACCAGCAAGUCAGUAAAAAAAUAGUGCUUAUUUACAUAGUCAACAUAAUUUAAUGUUCUAAAAAUAUUUUCUUCAAUCUGCCCAAUAUCUAAUGUAUCAUUUGAUAUUUUUAAAAAUGCAGCCACUCCUUUAUGUAAACAUUAAGAUAUGCCUAUGUUUCUUUAACUAUCCAGCCUUCUUUACAAUAAAUUUCUUGACUUCUGUGCACAAAACAGUAGUAUUGCAACCUGCUAUUUAGCCUUUGGUGCCUUAGAGUUAUUAUAAAUAUUUAACAAUAUGUACAUAAUGUAAAUACUGCCAAGAGAUCACUAAGGCCAAAUAUUUUCUCUAUUCACUUUUUAUUGCACUUGCUUUCUAUUGCUACUUAAGCCUCUUUUAUCCAGCUUUGUAAUAGUUCUAACAUUGUAGCCAAUGUAAAUGUUUACUUUCAAUAAAUCUGAAUUUGUUCAACAA